CGCUAUUCCAUAUUUAUACAGCCCAACUGCACGAAAUUAAUAACUCUCAGACUCAACUAUUUCAGUUUGCCGACGAUCUUGCGUUAAUAUCCACUGGCACAAACAAAUUCUCUGCAGCUCAAAAUUUACAAAACAAAAUAGAAGAAUUACAAGCAAAAUGCGACAGCUUAAAUCUCAUAUUUAAUCUGAACAAAACCAAAUUCAUGUAUAUGUCUGCAAAUAAUAAACAAACCUUUAGUGUAUCCAUCAACGGCCUAAACAUUGAAAAAGUCCAUCACUUCAAAUGGCUGGGAAGAACAAUCAGCGCGAACUCAACCAUUAAGGUACACAUUAGAGAAAUUAAAAGAGCAACAACUUCAGGUAAAAACCUCAUUUCUAAAUUAACAUCUAUCAAGUCAGGCAUUUCACCUAAAACUUCUAUAAAUCUUUUUAAAGCGUUUGUACGAUCCAAAGCAGAAUAUGCCAACACCAGUUACGCCAAUGCCCCUAAAGGGUAUAACAAACAGCUACAAACCAGUGUAAAUGAAACGUUGAGGAGAUGCCUCGGAGUUCCUCCAAACACUCCAACACUCAUGAGAUACGCGCUGGCUUGUGAACUUCCACCUCUUCCCAGAGCUGUAUGGCUUACGGCCAAGGAACUUGUCAAACAGUGGUUGAUCAAUCCUGAACUUAGAACACAGAUCCAGAACAGACCUCCCAUAAAUUCCAGCUACAGCAUAACGUACGAAAAAUUUAAAGCAAUUAUCAACACCAUAGAUACAAAUGUAGCUUUCAAAAGACACCAUAACCUUAACUGUUACGAAUCUGAAUUGGCCCAGUCCAAAAAGAACGUUACUCCUACACAACUCAGAGCUAUCUACAACAAAAAAAUUAACACGCUAAAAGAGGAAGGUUUCAAAGUGUAUGCCACUGAUGCAUCGGUGUCAGAUAACAAAAUUGGCUGUGCAGUCUAUGUGGUAACGGCUAACGUCUCAUACCUGUACAAUAUAGAUGGAAACUUCACAUCAACUUACGGUGAGCUAGUAGCACUUUCUCAAGAAAUCACGAUAGCCAUUAAUAAUGAAAGUAAAAAAGUAGCAAUCUUUACAGACAGCCAGAGUGCAAUUAAGGCCCUAAAAAGCCGCACCACACAAAAUUUCUUAGUAGCUGAAAUCCAUAACAAACUUUAUCAUUCCCAAAUAGAAAACAUUGCAAUAAUCUGGACACCUAGCCAUGUGGGUAUAACCAUAAAUGAAAAAGCAGAUAUAGCAGCAAAAACAGCGGUUGACCAUGGUAAAUCUUUACCCCCAAAACUCACACCUUGUGAAGCACUGAGAAGGAUUAGCAAAAUGUUGGGGACUGAAGCCAAAACAGAAUUUACCAACAAACUUCCAAACUGGGACCCGGACAUAGUAGAAUUUUGCACGCCCAAAGAAAAACAGCCAUGGUUUAAAAACAAAAUAUUGGACUUAGAUGCAUACGACAUAAAACUCUUUAACAGAAUCGCAACUGGACACACGUACGGUAGCACUUAUCUAACCAAAUUUCAGCAUUACAGAUCAGACAAUUGCAGCGCAUGCAACAUAAAAGAAACUCCUGAACACCUCAUAUUUGAUUGUAUCAAAUAUAACAACUUACGUAACGAUAAUUCUCUUUUCCGAAAAAAAAGUCUUGGUGUAUUGUCUUAUGUAGUCUUGUGUCGUCCUUAAAUCUCAUAAAAUAAGAAUGAGGAAAUGGCACAACGCCGAAACCGGUUUGUCUGCAAACCACACUUGACAAGGGAUGACGGAAAUUCGUUCCAAAAUAAAUGAGGAAAGUAGCUGUUACGCUAACAUCAGCCAGAAAGAAGCAACAUCAAGGAGUCGUAUAAUAAAAGACUCUUCAACGAGGAAUUUCAACAAAACACGUCGAUAUAUGAUAAAUGGAAGCAACAUUGUCCAGCAGUUUAGCCGAAGGAUCAUAACUAACCAAACAAUCGUUCGCAGAUAGACUUGUGUUAUGCUAAAGGAAGCUGUAAUCCACAGCGUUUGGGACAAAUAGCAGUUUGACUUAGAAAAGAAACACAAAUGGUAUUAGACUACGAUUACCACUGAAUACAUCACGUUUUAAAGAACCGGCUAUUUAAGGUGUAUAAACCUAGCCAUAAAUGGAACUGUCGAUUGGUUCCUAAAGCCUAAAAAAAAAAAAACAAAACAAAGUUAAAUAGUGAAAUCUAUUGAACGCAGUAUUUUCAUGG